AAUGGAGUCGUGGGUACAGGAGACAUAAAAGUUGUAUUUUUCUGGCUAUCCAUUUAUUGAGUAUGGUGUAGGGGGCUAUAUCAUUCUCGUUUCUGUGCUUCUUGCUAUGAAAUGCCUCUGUAAUUGCUAAACCAGACAUCCAGCAAAUUUCAAUGUAUCAUUAAAAUUCCAUCUAGGUUGUGAAAUUUAAAAUUCCUAAUACUAAUACAAGUCCUAAUGCAUCAUCUAAUUCAUAAGAACUUAUCAAUAACUAAACUAGAGUGAUUUAGCAAUUAAAUGAAAAAUUAGUAGCAAUGCAAUAGGGGUUUGAUAAAUUGGCUAAGGAACAUGUUUAACUUCGUACAAGUACCUAAUUACUAUUAACAAAUAGCCCUAUCAGAUUUAUAAUCCUAAGUUUUAGAUAUUUUAACUAAAAAGAAAAGUUCUAGCGCAUCAUCAUAAUUACAAGUUAAAUCUGUUAAAUCCUAAAUUGUUUAACCAAUUUUAAGUCUUUAGAUAUAAGAAGUAUUAGAAGGGCACGAAGAAUAAAGAACAUAAAAAGAGCAAUAAUAAGAAGAAGAAUAAUUUUAGCAAAAGCAAAUUGAAUAAUAAAAGGAAGCAUAAUCUGAAUAAUAAUAAUUGUAAUAGUAAUAAUCAUAACAAUAACAAUAACAAUAAUAAUAACUGCAAUAACAACAAUAACAACUGCAAUAACAACAAUAACAACUAUAAUAAUAAUAAUAAUAAUAAUAAUAAUAAUAAUAAUAAUAAUAAUAAUAUGAAGAAAAUCUUUCUCAACGUUAGUUUAAAGAGCAAGAAAAUGAUUAAUAAAAUACAAUAAUAGCUUAGCCACAAGAACCCGUGAAUCAAUCCUAAACUAAUCCCUUUGCCACAGAAUAGCCUCCUGUCGUAAGAAAACCUUAAAACCCACCUACUCCAAGAAGAAUACCUCCUUAAUUGAGACCAAAGUGA